UAAAAUUUAUUAUCGGGUGGGUGAUAAGAUCGAAAAAUUGUCCCUCUUCCAUGAUCGACCAUCUCCCCUACUCGCUUGUCCCCUCUACAGUACCUCAUUCACUCACGAUUACGACCUCAAAUAAUAUUCCUAAUCGCCAUGUCUUCUGUGGCCAACGAUAAUCUCGAGGGUGUUGACGAGACCGUCCUCACCCUGCGCAAAGUUCUUACGUCCGAGUCCGAGCCCCUCGCUCGCCGAUUCCGCGCCCUUUUCUCCCUCAAGUACCUCGCUUGCCUGCAGCCCCCCAAUGAGAAGACCUUGCCGGCCAUCCAGGCCAUCGCCGCGGGCUUCUCGUCCAAGUCGGCCCUCCUGAAGCAUGAGCUCGCCUACUGCCUCGGUCAGACCCGGAACCCCGACUCCGUGUCCUACCUCCAGCAGGUCCUGAAGGACACCGAAGAAGAUGCCAUGUGCCGCCACGAGGCUGCGGAAGCUCUCGGUGCGCUGGGCUACGAGGAUAGUUUGGAGAUCCUCAAGGCUCUGAGAGAUAAUGAGAAGGAACUCGACGUCAUCCGCGAAACCUGCGACAUCGCGGUUGACCGUAUCAUUUGGGAGAACUCUGAGGAGAGAAAGGCCGAGAAGCUGAAGCCUAGUGACUUCACCUCUAUCGACCCCGCCCCGCCACUACCCAUGGCCACCGAAAAACCUUCCAUCCCCGAGCUGGAGAAGACCCUGCUUGACACGAAACUUCCCCUGUUCCAGAGAUACCGCGCAAUGUUCGCACUGCGCGAUCUCGCCUCGCCUCCAGAUUUGCCCACGGCCGUCCAGGCGGUCGAAGCGCUGGCCAAGGGCCUCAAAGAUCCCUCCGCUCUUUUCCGUCACGAGGUUGCCUUCGUCUUCGGUCAAUUGUGUCAUCCCGCCUCCGUGCCUUGUCUGACGGAGACUCUCAGCGACCAACAAGAGAUGGGUAUGGUGCGACACGAAGCCGCCGAAGCUCUCGGCAGCUUGGGCGAUGUGGAGGGUGUCGAGGAUACAUUGAAGAAGUUCUUGAACGACCCGGAGCAGGUGGUAAGGGAUAGUAUCAUCGUGGCGCUUGAUAUGGCGGAGUUCGAGAAGAGCGGGGAAGUUGAGUACGCCCUGGUGCCAGACUCGGCUGCCCCUGCUGCGGUGUCUGCUUGAUUGAUGAAUUAUGCGAACAAAGAUAUUACAGUGUCGGUAAAUAGUUGCUUUCAUGCCUCAUAGAUGUACAAAUGCGGGCCAAAAA